CAAUGACGGUCGCUAACGUCCGUGCGCAUGCGCAGUGGCACUUCACACAACCGCAAUAAGCAAAUAUGGCGGCGGCCGUCGACAGUGUUGUGAAAGUUCUAGGAGAACAGUACUACAGAGACGCCAUGGAGCAGUGUCACAGCUACAACGCCCGUCUCUGUGCAGAGCGCAGCAUCCUCAUGCCUUUCCUGGACUCUCAGACGGGAGUCGCUCAGUCCAACUGUUACAUCUGGAUGGAGAAGAGGCACAGGAGUGCAGGUAUAGCUCCAGGACAGCUGUACUCGUACCCCGCUCGCCGCUGGAGGAAGAAACGGCGUUCCCAUCCUCCUGAGGACCCUCGCUUGGCCUUCCCCCCUCUCAAAGCAGCAGAUAUAGAGCUGGGUCUGAAGCGGGAGGCUUUGGGAACGGUGGAUGGAAGCAGCUUGGAGGCGCUGUUAAAAGGCGAACCCCUGGAGAGGAGGAGCGGCGCGUCCGAGGUGCGGGCCCCCGAGGAAGACGCGGCCACGGUGGAGCCUCCGGCCACGUCGGCGGUCACCCACACGUCGUCCGGGCGCAUUCGUAAGAGAGUGCUUGACCACGACGAUUACUUGGAUGACCUGGACGACGAAGACUUUGAAGACGAGACCCCCAAGAGACGAGGCAAGAGCAAAUCCAAGGGCCGCAGCGACAAGAACGGGAAGAAGAAAACGGAGGCUGCGGCGGCGGCGCUGGAGGAGCGGGACAAACCGUACGCCUGUGACAUCUGCGGAAAGCGCUACAAGAAUCGCCCAGGCCUGAGCUACCACUAUACACACUCUCACCUGGCAGAGGAGGAGGGCGAGGAUCACGAGGAGAUCGAGGCGCCAGCCACUCCUCGCCAGCCUGAGGAGCAGAAGACCACCAAAAAGGGCCCCAAUGGGCUGGCGAUGCCCAACGAUUACUGUGAUUUCUGCCUGGGGGACUCCAUCCUGAACCAGAAAACGGGCCUGUCUGAAGAGCUGGUGUCCUGCUCCGACUGCGGCCGCUCAGGUCACCCCACGUGUCUGCAGUUCACCCCAGUGAUGAUGGCCGCCGUGAAGACGUACCGCUGGCAGUGCAUCGAGUGCAAGUGCUGCAACGUCUGCGGCACCUCCGAGAACGACGACCAGCUGCUCUUCUGUGACGACUGCGACCGAGGCUACCACAUGUACUGUCUAACCCCACCUAUGACCGAACCGCCGGAGGGGAGUUGGAGCUGCCACCUGUGCCUGGCUCUGCUAAAAGACAAAGCCUCCAUAUACCAGCAGAACCAGAGCUCAGCCCCCGAGUGACGUCCCAACCCGAAGCCCACCCCUCAGCACCACAGGACCCCACCGCUCCCGGCUCUCACAAUGUCAGACCUCCUCCCAGUCCGUCCCGUCGGUGGCUCUGUCCAGAUGUAGCCGAGCCAGACGGCAGAUCAGCUUUACAAGUCGCCCUCCCUCCACCGCGCUAAAACAUAAGCAGACCUCAGAUCAGUCAACGCGGGGAUCAAACUAUCACUACAAAAACCUGCCUUCAACGGCCUCCAGACUCGCUGUCAAUCAUGUAACAUAUCGCGCGUAUUUCACACCAUGGAAACACUUCCUACUGGACUGUUACACAUGCAGAGAAACCGAACGCAAGCAGCGGCGAUGGCAGCUGCCGUCUCCCCCAGGGAGAGCAGCGCCCGUCACACCCUAAAGACGCAGCGUGGACUGUCGAGACGGUCUCUCCUCAGCUAGAUUGUUUUUUUACUCGCGGAUAGCGGCGCGGGGGAAAACACGUCACCGCAUAUCUGGUUAAGAAAUAUAAUUGUCGUUUCUGGUGAUUUAGUGGGCUUUUGUGGUGGCUUUUGUCGGUGUGUGCUGUCGUCCCAUCCACCAAAGCUUUUACCGAUGUUUCCAUGAGGUUUCCCUUUCUCUCUGCUCGCCGGGAGCUCACAUACGGAGCCGUCGCCAUGAUGGCUUUAGUCUGGCUUCACCAACACCACGCAGAUACUUAACUAAACAUUUAAUCACGGCGCGUAAUUAAGAGACGAACAAGUCUGACAGAGUUGAGGCGGCGGGAGUCCGUCGCCUACCCGUGACGUUAAGCCCACUUUUAAAACGCCUCCGGCCUCCUGAACUGAAGCCGUUUUUGGGAUUUUUUUUUUUAGCUCACUACAUGGGUCAUAAAUAAACGUGUUUUUUCCACUUUUCCCUCUCUUUCGAAACGCUGCGGCAGCGCCGUCAUUUCACGCGUCGCCGUCGUGCCAACGAGACGCUCGUUUUCAAACUAGCUGUUUUUUAAUCGUGUCACUGAGGUUGAUUUGCAUGCAACGUGCACACAAACUUUCAUCACAGGUGUCUCUUUUUGUUCGGUGUGUGUGUUUUUUUUUUUUUUUACAUUUUAUAUUAUCUGAUAUUCCAUCGGUUUUGGGAGUUUUUAACUAGUUGAAUUUGUAAAGUCCAUGAUAUUGCAAACACUUCGAUAUAUAGCUCCUAAUCCAUUCUAUGUACUGUAUUGACUUUUUAUAUUUUUGUUAUGGCUGUGUGACAUGUUUCAGAUUCUUUAUGUCAGACUUUCUUCAUAAGUAUUUGUAAGAUGACGUACUUUGUUGUACUAUUUUUAUUUUUGCAUUUUUUUGGGGUAUUGAAGCCGAUUUAGCCCGACUGAAAUAAAGAUCAUUUUGAAAUCGUG